AUGUCGUAUUCACUAUUUCCCCCUGCACCGCCUAGUGCUCCAUCAACAUCAGCUGCACCCCCACCGCCAGUUUUUCGAUCAACAGGGGGCUUGCAGAAGCUCAUUUCGCCCCAAUUCCUGUCCCCAGAUGCUCUAUUGAGACCGGUUCCGACCAACGAAUGGUGGGGUAACUUGCUAGCAUGGGACGGGCAGCGGGACAGCGAUGCUGUGUUUGCCGGUCCUUACACUUACAAGGUGGUGCAGAGCCAACCCGGUACCAUUGGCAGUGGCCUCUCCGUCAGCUACUUGGUGCAGUAUCGGUCGGACGGGCCUAUUAACGACAACGGAGCUCCUCGCUUCUACUUCUACCCGCCGACCAUCAAGAACUGGAUCUUCUCGGCUGUAGAGUUGGCAGAACAAUCGGGUGCUCCACCUCUUACCAUUCAAGCUUGGGAUGACAUGGGUGUGCACUUGUCAAUGGCGGGGAUGAGGAUGUACCUUGCCUUAGGUUCGGCCUUCACGACGGUCGAGUACCAGGACAUGCAGGUGCAACUCGGUUCAGAGCACUCCAUUGUGGCUAUCAACGGAGCUCCAGCGAGAGAAGGUCACCAAGUGAAUGGCAUCAGCUUCGUCAUCUCGCUCAAUAAUGGACAGCAAUGGGUGCUCUACUUCUUCUCCAAUGCUGGUGGGAACACCUCACUGGUGUUUGAGGGCAACAAGCUCGCAACGACUUCCAAGUUCACAGGGGUUGUCCAAGCGGCUUUUGUGUCGACGAGUGCAGUGCAGUCUUCCGUGCCUCAGGACGACCAUAAGAUCCUUCAACUCUACCAUGCCAGUGCUGGCGUCUACCUGAGGGGAGCCACUAUUCAGACGUUUGACUCCGAUUCGUUUGUGUUCAAUUGGCAGCUCGCAAGCGCUGCAGGCAGCAACCCAGGAGCUCGUUUCCUGCACUUCGCACUCACACACCUGCAAGAUAUGCUGGAUCUGUCCAGUGUCGAAGCCAAGGACGAGCUGGUGCUGUAUUCGCACACGCACGGACCGCUGUUCGCCUACCUGUUGACGACUCCGCCGAGGUCCAAUCCAACGUGGCUUUGCCGCGUGCCUCAAGCUGAGAGCCAGGGAGUGGAGGCGUGCACUGCGUUCUACCCGCCUCGUGCUGGUUGCCUCACACGUGAUGUGGUUGACAGACUGAACUUGUGUCGUGUUGUCUCCGAUGAAAUUUAUGGAGAUUGGUCGCUGCCCCAUGAAGGAAGCUACUACUUUAAAGGCAAGGCGCUGCAGAAGUUUGGCACUAUGUGUCUUGUAGCUCGGCAGCUUGCAGAUACCACCAAUCCAGAAAUGCGGGAUGUUGCAGAACACGGCAUCUCCAAGCUGCAGCAGUUGCUGUCGCAGUUUGUAGCUCGGCAGCUUGCAGAUACCACCAAUCCAGAAAUGCGGGAUGUUGCAGAACACGGCAUCUCCAAGCUGCAGCAGUUGCUGUCGCAGUUUGCAGAUAAUCAAUCGGCGUUUCCGCUUGUCUAUGAUACUGUGUACAAGGGAAUCAUUUCGAGCGAAGCGUUGGCCAGGAACGAUAUGAACGUCGACUUUGGGAAUGGUGUGUACAAUGACCACCACUACCAUUAUGGCUACAUCGUGACUGCUGCGGCCAUGGCGCUCUACUUGGACCCGAAUUGGCGUCACUCAGCCGAUGCUGUCAAGCUUCGAACUGUCGUUGAUACACUCAUCCGAGAUGUGGCUACAUCGUCUCCUAUGGGAAGUGAUCCGUACUUUCCGCGUUACCGAUACUUCAACUGGUGGCUGGGGCACUCAUACUCUCACGGCGUGACUCCGAUGGCCGAUGGCAAGGAUGAGGAAUCUACAUCUGAAGAAGUUAACUUCCUCUACGGGAUUGCUCUGUACGGCCAAGUCACGGAGAAUGCAGAGCAACAGGCGCUGGCAAAGUUGAUCCUCAAGGUCGUUCAGCAGCGAGCGCAAUUCUUGAAAUGA